UGAGUGAAACUGGAUCCACUCAGCCCCUGUGCCCACAUCUUGAUUCUCAUCUGAAAACUUUCUCAGGGGGUUGUGACCAAAGUUUAUUCUUAGCGUCUGUCUCAGCUCUCCCUCCUCUCUGUCCGUCUGUUCCUCGCUUUUUGUGUUUGUCUGCUUCAGCUGUCGUGUUCGCUUACUUUCAGUGUUUGCCUUUGCCUUUUUCUCUAUUCUCCCUAAGAUAUUUUUUCUUCUUUUGUCACUUUCGUGGUGAAGCUUCGGCAUCGUGUCUUCCUUUCACUUCUGGUCUCAGCUGACAACACUGCAGGCUAUUUUUUACUUUUUCACAACUCCUCGUCCUCCAGUUUGUUCCUGUGCUGCUGCUUGACUAUUUAUCGUGCCGACCUUGGCGCUUUUCCUCUCCACAUCUCCUCAUCGCCUUUUGUUCCUGCCGCUACCUCACCUGCAUCUCGCCUUCACCUUCGGUGCAGCAUCCCUCCAUCCGCCUCUCUUCCACUCAGGCUCGUCUUUUCUCUGAGAAGAUCUGCACUGCUGUGCGAUGGGAAAGACAGAGCUGCAUUCUCUGUUUAAGGGUUUUCUGGACUGUAUUUGCCUCUGCCUUUCUGUGAGUAUCUGCGUUCUUUGAGCAUGUUUUUGUGUCUCUUUCUAAGUCUGUGUGAUUUACUUUUAACCAGCUGCACUAUGUGUUGAUCUCUUAAAGAUCACCAGCUUUCUAACAAUGAAUCCCGUGCAGAUUGCUUGUGUUUAUGUAUGUCAGUGGCCCGUGUCGUGCGCUAAGUGUCAGUUACUCACAUGCUGAGCUUCUGAUAUUAAUAACAGUCUCAGAAUGUGGAUGGAAAUAGAGCCUCAGCUCCUCCAAAGAGAGUCAUCUGGCAUUUCUUAUGAGCCCCCUUUAGGGCAGGCUCAGGUCUUUGAGAUCAACCUUAAUGCAUUAAUCAUGGCUGCAUUAGGACAGCCUCGGCAGGAGGAAGUACACAAAGCUGUGGGAGCUUCUGUAACCAUGCAAGCUUGAGUGCACGGGUAUGUCCAGCUGGUGACCUUUCUCCUUACAGACCCAGAGGUCAGAUGUUACUCGGUGUGUUUUUAGAAAAGAAGCGGCCAGGCUGCAAACGACAGUGAGAGGGACUCUGAAAAUGGUCACCUGAUCUACAAAAGUGGUGACAUCCUUGACGACAGAUAUGAGAUAGUCGACACUUUAGGUGAGGGGACCUUUGGGAAAGUGGUUCAGUGUGUGGACCACAGCAGGUAGGUUUUUCAUCAGGAGUUUCAAAUUGAAUCAAUGUGCAAUGUGUGUGGGGGGGUAUUUUUAAAAAAAGCAGUGUUUAAACACAGAGGAGGAAAUCAAAUCGCAUUGAAGAUCAUAAAGAACCAGGACAAAUACAGAGAAGCAGCCAAACUUGAAAUCAACGUCCUGGAGAAGAUCAGUGAGAAUGAUCCGCACAACAAACAUAACUGCGUGCAGAUGCUCAACUGGUUUAACUACUACGGCCAUGUGUGCAUCUCCUUUGAGCUGCUGUCUCUCAGCACAUUUGACUUCUUGAAAUCAAACAACUUCCUGCCGUAUCCAAUUAACCAGAUCCGACACAUGGCCCAGCAGAUCUGCCACGCUGUCAGCUUUCUCCAUGACAACAAGCUGACUCACACUGACCUGAAGCCUGAGAACAUCCUGUUUGUCAACUCGGACUACUCCCUCACAUACAACGCCGAGAAGAAGUGCAAUGAGAGGCGGGUAAACGACACCACAGUGCGGCUCGUCGACUUCGGCAGCGCCACCUUUGACCACGAACACCACUCUGUCAUCAUCUCUACUCGUCACUACCGAGCCCCAGAGGUCAUACUUGAGUUGGGUUGGAGUCAACCGUGUGAUGUGUGGAGUAUCGGCUGCAUCCUGUUUGAAUACUACAAAGGGUUCACACUCUUCCAGACUCAUGACAACAAGGAGCAUCUUGCUAUGAUGGAGAGAAUACAGGGACCGAUUCCUCAGAGGAUGAUUCAGAGGAGCAGAAAGCAGAAGUAUUUCCACCGUGGACAUCUAGACUGGAAUGAGUGCUCCAAAGCCGGACGCUACGUCAAAUCCAAAUGCAAACCGUUAAGGGAAUACUUGUUAUCACACGGGAGAGAACACCACCAUUUUUUCGAUCUCCUAGAGAGGAUGCUGGAGUACGACCCCUCAAAGCGUAUUUCUCUUUCCUCUGCUCUGUGCCAUCCCUUCUUCCAGCCCCUCCAUCAUCCAGGAAGAAGUCAGGGAUGGAGGAACAGCUGUGACAUGAGCAGAUGACCUUUGGUAGACGCUUAACCAUAUGUGGACCAUAUGGGGAGGGUGUUUGCAAGUUUAUUUUUAAUUUAAGCUUUUAAAAAAAAUUGGUUUAAGUUAUUUGAGUUAAAGACAGUUAUUUGAGUUGACAGCUAACAGUGAAAGAGAAAGUCUGAAAGCAUCAUUGUAAGGAAGGAAGUUUGAACAGUUACAGCUGAUUGAGCUGGAAGAGAGAAAGGAGAGAAGCACUACAAAGGCAAAUCAGUGGGAUUUCUGUUGUAUUGCUCAUUUCCUUUCAAGUAGGGAAAAAAUUAAUUUAGCAGACACGUUUGUCUAAAGGUGCUAGCAAUUUUUUUCUGAGCAUAUGAUUUUUAUGUUUGUUUGCUUUUCUAUGCUUCUGUUAAAAUUGUCUUAAAAUUGUUUACACGCUUGUCAAGUAUGGAAAGACUUGACAAAUACAACCUAUGUGACAUUGUAAAAAUCCAACAGUCUCAGCCUUAAUGUACCCCCCAAAAACAGAGGUAAUGAGUCUAUAGAUAUUAUUAGAACAAAUGUGAUUUUUUUAAGUGUAAUUUUCAAGUUUGUAGUUUUGUUUAAUUAUAUAAAACAUUAAAAAAAUAAAAGAAUUAUAUAUAACAUUAAAAAAGGAAACAACUGAAAACUAUAAAAGUUAUUUGCUUUUACUUUUUUUAUGCUGUACUUUUUAUAUUGGGGGGAAAAAGAUGAAGAAAUGGCACAGGUGCCAAACGUUAAACUACUAAUGGAGAACUGACCUUAACAAGCAAAUCAACUGAAGGAAAUAUUACAUCUUAGGCUUGUGUGAUGAUCAGAAUUAUGAUUAAGGUGACCAGAUGCCAUGUCUGAAAGUUUCAUACCCAACUUAAAAAGAAAAAUAUAAUAAAUCAAAAAUGAGUCUAGCAUGUAAAGGCCAACUAAAUUAACCUGUUAUGCAGUCGUCCUUAUUUAACCCUAUAUUCAUGUUCUUAUAUUAGCUAUAUCUAAAAAAACAUUAGAUUAGAUUUUUAGUCAAUUGUAACACACAUGCACUGUGUCACUUCAUGCCAUAUUUCCCCAUCUGUGAAACUGAAAUAUAAUUUUAGCUAAAAGACAAAAAUUGUAUUUCUCAGUAUAAACUGCCAAAUCAUUUUCUUUGUGGUAGGUUCCAUCAGAUUAAACAAGCCCCUAACUUUUUGGUGACUUCUUGCUCUGAUGGGACAGGCUAACCUCCAGUUAAAUAUAAUAAAAAGCCUUCUCUGAACAAACAAAAAACAAAACAGAGUUUAGGAAAGUGCAGUGAAAAUGUGGGACUUUGCUUUGUGGGAGAUGCGAUAAAACUCCUGUGGAGUCCCACAAAAAGAGGGACAUCUGGUCACCCUAGCAAAAACACUGAAGUUUGGAAACAGGUUAUCUAGUAAUGGUUAUAACAAACACAACAGAUGUCGUCUUCGUGCUAAUAGAAGAAACAUGUUCUAAAAUUGGAAAUUUUAAAGGGAAAAAAAAAGUAUUUAGAUAUGUCUCUAACAUUUGGAGGACAUGUUGUAUUUGAAAGCUGAAGAUGUAUGAUCCUUUCAGUUUUGUGCUUGCAGUCACUUUAUGGCAAUUUUUAUGUUUUCUGUAAUAAAUUUUGCAUAAAAUAGCA